CGUUGAACCCAGAAACUAGUUCUUGGUGAAAGAGGAGCUAGAGAGGAAGAGCAACGAUGGAGACGAAGGUAGUGAGAAGCGAAGCGAUAGAGAGCAUAUCGGACAGGCUAUCGGCGUCGGAGGACCUCUACUUCCCUCGCGCCCUGCAAUCCACUACCAUCACCCCCUCUCAGCGCAAGGCCAUUCUCCUCGACCUCCUAUCACGCGACGCUGCCGUCUUCUUAGAACGUUAUGGAUCGAAAUUAACAUCUGAGGAGCUCCUGGAGUUUGAUGCGCUGACAGAUGACUAUGAAGUCAGCUGGCAUGUGAAGCAUCUUAGAAGUUUAUUGAGUCCGACAUCGGAUGAAUUGAAAUCAAGGGCAGUUCAAGUGAAGAACAGGAGGCGAGCCUACCUGAAUAAGUUGAUAUUUGGUGGGCAGUAUUUCUCGGAGGAUUCAAUGAGGGAGAGAGAGCCCUACUUGCAUCAUGAGUAUGUGGGGAAGUUUCAGGAUCCGAGUGGUAGGAGCAUGGCAAGACCCGGGGAGCGGUGGUCAGAUACUUUGUUGAGGAGGUCAGAGGAAGCGAUUUUGGUAGCAAAGAUUAGAGGGGAGCAACAGAGGUUGGGUGUUGCUGAGAGUGAUUGGGUUGGCGGUGAGAGAAUCCAGGAAGUAGAGGAACAGGAGGAGGAAGAAGAAGAGGAGGAAGAGGAGGAGGAAGAGGAAGAGGAAGAAGAAGAGGAGGAGGAGGAGGAAGAAUCUAACAAGGCUAAUGGGGGCACACAAUCAUCAGAGAUGCUGGUGGAUCCUCCUAAUGUGGCCAGUGGUGCUGAAACUGCAGACCAUACGGAUGCGGCUAAUGUUGCUCAAGCAACUACAGCAGGGCAGAGUGAGCAAGCAACUGUAUCUGCAGAAGAGUUGCAAGAUCUGAUGGACCAGUUCACCUACAUCAUGCAUGAGAAAUUUUUGUUAGGAGAAGAUCACGAGUACUUAGAUUACUCAAAGAUAGACAACGACGAGACAUUGGAUGAUCACUGGCAGAGAGAAGCCAACCAUGACGCUGAAGAGAAGUACUUUGAUGACAUUAUUGAUGAGGACGAGACAUUGGAUGAUCACCGGCAGAGAGAAGUGAAUCAUGACGCUGAACAGAAGUACUUUGAUGAGGAUUAACAAAAGUUGAAGCGCGUUUAUGUUUUUCUCUGCACUCUAUGCCUUCUAACUCGAUGUUAAUAUUUUUUGCUCUAGACAGUAUUCAUAACUAUACCCUACUUUCUCUGUACAUUAUAUGUAACCGCCUGUUUGUUUUAGUUGUUUGCUGGGUAUUCCAACUUGAUCA